AUGACGAGCACUACGGCGUUGACGACGCCAGAGACGCCACCGCGGCGGAGACGCUCUGCGAGUAUUCUAGGACACCUCAAACAAGACACACAAGACGUACAAAACGAUCAGUUCUCUUCUCCAAACCCGAACGUGAGCUGGAUCCACCACAAGGGGGCUUGGCUCAUCCACAUUGUGAUCAUUGGGCUGCUGCUCAUGGUAUACGACGCAUUGCCUGCGUUUUCCUCAGAGCUGGUGUGGACGUUGACCAACGCGACGUACGUGUUUGGCUUCUACAUCAUGUUCCACUACGUGAAGGGCGUUCCCUUUGAGGCGUUUGCCGGCGCUUUCGACGACUUAACCAUGUGGGAGCAAAUGGACGAUGGCGACCAGUACACGCCGGCAAAGAAGUUCUUCAUGGCCGUGCCCGUGGGGCUGUUUUUGGUUUCCACCCACUUUGCUCACUACGACCUCUAUCUAUUUGUGCUUAAUCUGGCCAUUUGUAUGGUUGGCGUUGUUCCCAAACUGCCCAUUUCUCACCGACUGCGCCUGAUUGUAGAGGAGGAAGACGUAGAGCCUCAGCCCUACGAAUCAACUGUUGACCAUCCCAAGCUGGACAGUCACUCGCUCAAGAAUUAG